AUGUUUGUUGCAAGGAGUUUGAAAAAAAAAACGACACAAACGGUAUUGAAAUAUUUUAAAAGAUUUAGAAAAUGUAAAGGAAAAUGUCCGCCACCGGAUGAUAAAUCACAAGUUGAUAAAGUGACAAUAUUGGGAUCCGCGAAUCCCUUAGGUCAAUAUUUAGCUUUUUUAUUAAAAGGUCAAGAGGUUAUAAGGAAUUUAGCACUUUACGAUGAGAAAAACGUACGGGGAGUCGCAUUAGAUUUAGAACAUAUAAGUACCAAAUGUAAAGUUAAGGGAAACACGGGUGAACAUGGAAUGAAAGAUGCUUUAAGGCAUUCGGAUAUAAUAAUAAUAACAAAUGGUUAUAAUAAACCCGUUGAGGAAAAUGAAGGAUCCCUACGUGAAAAUGCAAAAAUUAUAUAUAAAUACGGUAUUAAGAUAGCGAGUAUUUGUCCGGAAGCUUUGGUUUGCAUAAUAACUCCCCCGAUAAAUAUAAUGGUACCUUUGUUUUCCGAGGCGAUGAGAUUUUGCUGUGCUUACGAUCCGAAUAAAAUAUUCGGAGUUUGUUCUCUAAUGGAAAUGAGAGCGAAUACGAUUAUCGGAGAAUAUUUGGGUAUUGAUCCAGCUGCCGUUAGAGUGCCCAUUGUGGGAGGAACAUCUAAUUUAACAGCCGUACCUUUACUAUCUCAUGCUAAACCUUAUUCCGAAUUUACACUCGCAGAAAUGAAACAGUUGGUUAGUGGGAUAUUAGAAGCACCGAGCGGUUGUAGCAAAAUGAAAACGGAUGCUCCACUAUCUACGGCAUUUGCCAUAACGAGAUUCGUAUUAACAUUGGCAGCUGGUUUGUGUACUUGUAAUUGUGCAAAACAAACGGCGUUUGUACGUUCGAACGUGCUAAGUCAGGUUAAAUAUUUUGCGAGCGAAGUUCGUACUUCGAGUAAAGGAGCCAUUGCUAAUUUCGGUCUUCCCAAAUUACACGAUUACGAAUUGGAAUUAUUGAGCAUGGGUAUGGUAUCAUUGGAAAAAGACAUAGCGAAAGCCGAAAGGCUUUUCGAAGAAUUUAACAGCGAAACGAAAGAGGAACCGUUGAAGGAAAAAUUCACGUCGGAAAAACCUUUCAUAUCGAAAACUCCGUGUCCUCCCUGUCCCUCAUGCAUACCCACGGAUAUAUGCUCACAUGCGGUACCGAAAAAAUUAUCCGGACCCCCCCGAACGAACUCACCCUGUUUUUGCUGUUGCAGAUGA